AUGCAAGCAGAUAAGGUUUUCUUUAGUCCCAAAACCGGGGAGAAUCAUGGUAUUUUUGGAAGUAAAUAUUUGAAAUAUCAUCGACUAAGAGAUCCAAAAUGGCCAGCUGGGGAAAAAAUUAUACAAUAUGUUGGAAUCGCCAAAUUAUACGAGCGUGACCACAAACUGAAGGCUCUUAAGACUUCUAUGAAACGAAAAAACAAACAAAUUCGGGCUAAGCAUAUCAAGAAAAUACUGAAAGAUGAUACCGCUUCUUUGCAUAUUGCUCAUUCCGGCGAUGCUCAGCGAGUUAAAAACAUUUUUCAGGGACAUUUACAAUUUCAGAGAGUUUUCUACCCAAUGAUGAUUGAGAAAAUUGUAGUUGAAGUAGAUGAAAAAACCCUAGCCAAACGAAAAUUAUUAAAUCGAUUAGUGCAUCAACUCAAUAGUUUAAACAAAGCCUACGAAACAGAAUUGCUGGAGGUAUCCAGACUACAGGACAGGACUAAGUUCAAUGAUCCGCAAAAACUACAUGAGGAAAUUGAAGCAACAAACUACGAAGUUGAACUACGAAACUGUGGUACACGCACCUUGACGGCGUAUACCGUUCAAAGGGCACUGCUGGAAGUGAUUAAAAUUAUGUUGAAGGAUUCAAUCUAUUACGAUCCGGUUCUAGGCGCAUUGCACGAAGAUUUACUCGAACAAGAUCGUUUCAUAAAAAAUACCAUUGGAGCGGGGGUUCCGGCGAUAAAAAAUAUCCAAAUUUUACAAUCAGAAUUCGAUGAGUUAGAUAGAAACACAAGUAAAGAGCUUGCGGAUAGAUUUAAAAUUUUAAUGCAGCAACGAGAUAUUCUGAAUUCGAACAAUAUACGUGUUAAAACGCUGGUUCGCAGAGAUAGUGAUUUUGAUGUUAAUCCUUCACGAUACGACCGAGACACAGGUAGCAUGAUUGAUCUCAAAACUCAACUGGAAGAUAUUGAGCAAAUCUUGAAAUUGUUGAAAAAUGCAACUUCCUGUGGCAAAGCAGAAGAAAUUUAUCCCAGAGUGAAGCAGCAGGAUCGGGACAAUGAACAGAUGAACAAAACUUUGCGCAGACGAUCACAUCAACGAAAGGUGGGGGAAAUAGAGACAGAGCUUGCUGAAAUACAACACAGUGAGCUUACAAAUGAUUUAACUCCGCAAGAAAUUCAACGAGUUGCGGACUUCAAAAAACUUCAGGAUAAAAUAGAUAAAGAAAAGCAAAAACAAAAAUCAUUGCUAUCGACUCGAAAAAACAUAGCGGACAGCAGCACUUUGCUUGAUGUCUCCUUCAAGCACAUUUUGAAUGUUCUUCAAAAUGUAGAAACUGACAAAGAAGUGGACUUCUAUGGGCUACGGGCUUCGUACAUCAGCUUGCCCCUGAACUCGGAUGCGAACGAGACCUCUCAGGAAAAUUCAAACAGUAGCAAAUGCGCAACCGUCAUCUCAGCAGCGAAGGAAAAAAUCAAACAUCUCAUGAGCUUACAUCAAAUCGAUGCAACUCGGAAACAUGACUCUUCAUUAGAGAAAAACUAUCAGAAUAUCAUACUUAAUGAGUACAACGAGCAAUACAUGAAGAGUAUGAAAGAAACAGAAAGAUCAUUAGACAUAGUGGUUGAAGAUCCUACGAUAUAUACCAGAAAACAAAUAAAAGCCAUCAGUGCGCAAAUAGUGGAGAAAAAUAUGAAACGAGACGAUUGA